AUUAUUUACUAACUUGCUAAAAAACUCGGAGAUACGUAGAUAUAUUCAUUGCACCUUAACCUUUAGUUUCUUAUACGCUACGUAUGACCACCUGUUGAAUAAUACAACAGAGCUGCCUGAGUAAUCUGGUAAUGUAUAGUACCUACCUCUCUGGCGCUCUGUAUUCACCGUCUUUUAUAGAGCGCAAUACAUACAUAUAAUAGUAGUAGCUGUCCUACGUUUCACAGAUACCUGUUCAAAGUGCAGAAGGUCCGUGGAAAGCAGGCAAACUGCUGCAACGACACUGGAUGUUGGCUAAAUCCCUGGUAUUCGCGCGGAGUACGGAGUAUCAAGUAGAUCGAAGCAAGAUCAGUUUCCACAGCUUGACCUAGUACUUUUAUAUCAAACUUUCUGGAGUUGUUCAAAUCCUUCGAGCCACGUUUGAGGCUUCCAAAUUUGCAAUUAUUGCCGGCUUGACGGUUUACUGGUUGGUUCCCUUGAAGCAGUUGGCAAUGCGGAAAAAGAAUCCUGCGGCACGAAUCCUACGAUGUACGAUGGACGGAGUACGGAGGUUGAGCUGAACAGCUGCCGGUAUAUUGGCAAGCAACUUUUACCGGAUUGGAGUGAAUAAUACUUCAGCUCCAGGGUUUGCCGUACAAGUAGCGACUAGGAGAUUUUUUGGAUGCGCCUCCGAGUCCAAAACGUGGCCGGCAUGUAGCAAUUGUAUCCGACUUGUUUUCCGACACAUGUGGGAGAACACAGGCCGCUCCGACAUUCCUGCCGGGCGGCUUCCUGGAACCCGAACGCGAAUUAUUGUCGCCGCAAAAACUAAUGCGUUGGGCUUUGGCCCCCGGUCUCCUUUUUCCGACCAUCAGCUUUGUUAAGCUAGCGUGAUUGAUAAGCUAACAUGACAGAAGCUCCUCUCAUGGAUGGCGGUGACUAUUUCCUAUUGUAGGUUGUGCUUCCCGAGUAGCUGGUUUCAUAGAUGUAUUUAAGAAACCUGCCAACCCCGGCCGUUUAUGAUAUGUUGUCAAGAGCAGCAAAAGCAGUUUACUUGGUCGAUCCAUCGGACAUCAUCAUACCAGACUGAACUUCUCAAAAUUGACGUACUUGAAAAAUUACUUAGCUUUCAUCUCCCGCUCAAAAUAAGCAAUGACGAUCAAGCCCAUCAUUGUUUGGCUGACUCCCUCGGGUCCAAAUCCGUGGAAGGUGGUCACGAUUCUUCAUGAGCUUGAGGUCCCUUAUGUCAUUAAUUCAUUCAAGUUCGACGAUGUCAAGAGGCCGCCCUUCAUCAAUGUUAAUCCUAACGGUCGAGUUCCGGCUAUCGAGGAUCCAAAUACCAGUCUGACUCUCUGGGAGUCCGGCGCUAUUGUGCAUUACCUAGAGGAGGUAUACGAUAAAGAGAAGAAACUGACAUACGACAGUCUGCAUAAGAGGCAUCUGCUAAAUCAGUGGCUUCAUUUCCAAGUCAGUGGUCAGGGCCCGUACUAUGGGCAAGCUGGAUGGUUCACUGUCCUUCACCAUGAGAAAAUCCCCUCAGUCAUCGAGCGUUAUCAGAAUCAAGUUCGCCGAGUUUUGGAAGUUCUGAACGGUGUCCUUGAAGGCAAGCAGUGGCUUGUCGGUGACAAGUGCACCUAUGCUGACUUGUCCUUUAUGCCUUGGAACAACCGCCUUGACUUGCUGCUCGAAAGCCCUGACCCCCUUGCCCCGUAUCCGAAUGUACAGGCAUGGCAACGCCGUAUGGAGGCUCGUGACUCGUGGAAGAAGGCUAUGGAGGUCAGGGAAAAAUAUAUGAAUGAGCAGGGCUUGCAGGCAAACGGAAUGCCUUUGGGUAUAGAUAAUGCCCAGCAGUAUGAGGAGCUUAUUGCGCAGAACCAUGCAGCGGCGGAGGCUGCGAAGGUAAAGGCUGCAAAGGCUUAGGGGCUAAGUUUUCUUGCUUUAAUUACUGACGAAGGAUGUCUCUUUCCUUACCUCUAUAUACAUACAUUUUAGUCCACCUAUACGUCAUGGUGCACACGAUGAAUAAUCUUUUGUUCAAGGUGUAUGUAGCGAGUGCAUUUGUUGAUUCCUAUGGAGCGUAUAUGACCCCUCUUUUGGCAAUACCUAGAAAUGAGUGAGAUAGGCUUCCUAUCGUCCAUCCAUCCAAUUCAUAUCCUGACGAUACUUGUUCAUACCCACUACCUAGUACCUACCCAAUGAAAAAAAGCUUGAAGUAGGGCGAAAAUAAAUAUCUCCACCACUUACAUAUCGCACUCUCGUUCCCGUUGCAUACUCGUG